AGGAUAGCAUUGUGUUUAAAAUGGAAGUUGACAUAAAUGGAGAGUCCAGAACUACCCUGUCCACCCUCCCUGUGCCCCUUGCAGAGGUGAGUUCUGCAGGCAGGAUGGAAGCAGAGAAGCCCCGCUGUUCCAGUACCCCCUGCUCACCAAUGCGACGGACGGUUGCGGGAUAUCAGAUUCUUCACAUGGAUUCUAACUACCUGGUUGGCUUCACAACUGGAGAGGAGCUGCUAAAAUUAGCCCAGAAGUGUACAGGAAGUGAAGAAAAUAAAGGGGAGUCUGGGCCGAACUUGCGCUCCAAACAGCUUGAUUCAGGACUUACACGUUCCUCCCGUUUGUACAAAACUAGAAGUAGGUACUACCAGCCAUAUGAGAUCCCAGCAGUAAAUGGAAGGAGGAGGAGGCGGAUGCCCAGCUCAGGGGAUAAAUGCACUAAGGCUUUACCAUAUGAACCUUACAAGGCACUUCAUGGUCCUCUGCCUCUUUGCCUUUUAAAAACAGGGAGAGGAAAGUGAGCUUGGCUAAAUUGGAUCACUUGCUAUUUAAACAAUCCAGUUCAAACAUUUGCAAACUGCAUUUGCACUGGUGAUGAGGGUGAGAUUCACUCAUAAAACAAACCUUUGUUACUUGAAUCCUAUUAAAUAAUUUUUUAAUUUCUGCAUGGAAGUAAUUGCUUUGCCUCCUCAGUUCUAUAACACUUGUUCAAGAUAAGUAUUUGAGUUAUUACAAAUAAAUCUU